CAUGAGGAGUCCCUGUUCUUACCCAGACCCGAUGCAAAGGAGAGGUGGUUAGAGACCCAGGUUCCAGCUCUAGGACCAGCUGCCUCUGAGCCAUCUCUGCUUGCUGCAGGCAGCAACAUAGGAAGAGCCAGAACCGCAGAUCUGCUGGCUAGUUGAUGAUGAUUUAGAGAAAGCUCAGAAGGAGAAGCUGAAGCCAGAGAGGUCCCUGUGACAAUGGCUGUCACAGACCCAGCCACUUCUGAAAUCCGAGGGAGUACCGGUAAGGCCAGCACGCUGCAGAAAACCCUCAGCACCCUGGACAGAGAUCAAGACCAGGGCAGCAGCAACUUUGCUGGGUUCGCGGGACUCCUUGCCAUCCUCCUCAUCAUAGUGAUUUUCUGCAUCCUGUGGAACUGGAAUAAAUGGAAGAAGUGGCAUGUUCCCUACUUCCGAGUUACCAACACGCCGCUGCUGACUCUGCCUCGACCCAGGCAACGACCCAAAAAUAUUUAUGACCUCUUGCCCCAGAGGCGAGAAGAGCUGGAGAGACAUCAGUCAAGGAGUAUCCGUGUUUUCAGUACUGAGAGCCUCCUUUCCAGAAAUUCUGACAGCCCUCCUUCUGAAUAUAUGCCUUCCCAAGCAGGCAGUGACCUCCGGAUGCACAGAGCCCGUACUCAUGCCACGGACUACGCGGUGGGCAUCUAUAACAAUGCCGUGGGGCCUCAGCUGUGUGGGAGCUUCACUCCCUCAGCACUCUAUGUCAAUGUCAGAGCAACCAGAGACUGCCCGAGUAUUUCUUCAGAGGAUUCGAGAGAUUACGUCAAUGUUCCCACAGCAGAAGAGAUUGCCAAGACUCUAGCUUCUAUCACCAGCUCCCCCAGGAGCCUCUUUGUCCUCCCAAGUGCCCAGGGGUCAGAGUUUACCAAGGAAAAGGACAAAGAUGCUGGGAAUUCCAAUGACUGCCCCUGUUUUUGGUCUCCAGAAACCAGGAGCAAUGAUCCACUAAGCGAUGGGGAAGGUUCUCAGACCUCAAAUGACUAUGUCAACAUGGCAGGGUUGGAUAUUGAGGACACCCAGGGGAAACAGCCCUGCGUGGCUUUUCCAUGCUGCAGAGAUUAUGAGAAUGUCCCAUCAGCGGAUCCCAAUGGGAGCCAGCCACAGGCAGAGGGAGAAAGGACAUCCUCAAACACAGAUCAUGUUGAGGGCAGGACAGAAGGUCCAGGGACCCGUAUCCAGGUCGUCUUGCGAUCAGGGAGCCGCCCGGCUUUAGGGGAUUCUGUGGCCCACCAGCUCUCUGCGCAGAGUGGAAACAGUCAGAUGAAACAUGGAGAAGAGAUGUCAAAAGAGGACUCUAAUGAUUAUGAGAACAUGCUAACCGCCAAGUUAGGAGGCAGGGACUCAGGGGCAACUCAGGGAGCAGGGGCAGACACACAGCUCCUUCCAGAAGAACUGAGACCCAGCCACCCAGCUGGAAAGCCACAGGGAGUAGUCUAUCCUUCCAUAUCCAUGGCCAUUACAGGGUCUACUGCAGACCCUUGACCAUUACUGUAUUUCAGUGAAUUCAUUUGGGUAGGCCAAAAUUAGGCAGAGAUGAGUAGGGUUCUAAGACACUCACAAAAGCUGUGGUACAUGACUCUCUGCAGUUGUCAAAACACAGAAAUUACACAGCAUAGAGUAUCUUUUAUUGUAUGCAAAAUUUUAAACACAAAUCAGCGGUCAAGGGAACUGAUGAUGGAAUGCAUGUUGGGAAAAGUAAUCUAACUGUAUUACAAAUAUAUGACAUAACCUUAUUGAAGGAGACAGCAGUAGGGACGGAGAUGGCCUAAUUUACUUUGGAAAACAAUGUCUUUACUUGAAACUGUAAGAUAAAGACACAAACAACUGUACACAAACACUGCAGUCUAGUUGGCAAAUUUGUUUCUCACAGGAUAGCCACAUAUCUCAUAGAUUAGCAAUUCUGAAACUACUUGAAAUGUAUACUAGGGAUGAACAAGUAAGUAAAUAUAUUAUAGGUAAGGAAGGGCAGGUUUCUUAGUGCCAGAGAAAAAAGAGGUGACAAAUGAGCAAAUAGGAAAGUCUACAGUGAGCUCCGUGGUGCUGGGUUAGAACUGGAGGUGCAUUUUGAACCAUGUUAAUUUUAAUAUAUAUGAAUAGAUACAAAAAUAAAUAUACAUAUAUGUGUACACAUAGGCUAGUAUACAUACAUUUCCUAGGUCUGUCCGCUAGAGAACCUGGAAAUUAUGACACCCAGUAGCCAUGAACACACUUAGCACUCAGAUCUUAGUUUCUAAAUAUCACUUUCCAAUAAAAGGAACCAGAGCUCUUUUGAGAAAUGGCUGGUUCUAGGAUUGGGGCAGGGAUAACACAGGAUGAGCUUGACCAUCUUGUAGAAAAGAAGAGAAAAAGAGGGGGACAGGGAAAGAAAAAGACAAGAAAAGAUGAGCGCAUAUCAAAAGGCGCCAAGUGGAAGGGCCCCCAAAGGCAAAGCUAGAAUAAUUUAAGCAAUAAAAAUAAAUAAUUAUGAUAUAAAUUUAUAAAAAAACAAAAUAAAUAUCCUUACCACUGGUCAAACAAAUAAAUAAAAUGAAGAAAAGGGAUAAGUCUUCCUUAUAGAUGAAUUCCAAAUGAUAAAUGUAGAAGAAAUGAGGGGGAAAAUAAAUCAUUAUUAAGACACCACAGAACAAUUGCUGUGGGCAAGUCCUGAUGAGUGUUAAAAUUAAUGGGUGAUGCUUGAAGGAGAAAUAAGAUAGUUGCUUAGCCUCAGAGAAUCUCCCCCACCUAAAUAUUUAUUCAUAAUUGUGGUAGUUGUAACACAUGUUCCAAACAAGUUAUUUGAUACAUCCGCUGGAACUUAAAUCCCCUCCACUUCAGUGUGGGCUGAAUUUAGUGACUUCUAAGAAACAGAAUGUGGAAAGGGAGGAAGAAUAAAUUUAGAGCGGAGAAACUUGGCAGAUACCACCUUGCCCAAAUGCCCAUGGUUAACUCACCGGUAAGAAGUCACGCUGCUAUAUGAUCAAGGAUAGAUACUUCACCUCCGUGGUAUUCUUCCCCCAAAUCUACAACCUCAUUCGUGUCAUGAGAAAAAAAAACAAAAACAAAACAGAAAACCCAAAUUGUAUGACAUUCUACAAAUACCUGCCUGGAAUUCUUAAAAGUGUUAAAAUCAUGAAAGAUAAGGAAAGACUGAGAAACGGUCACAGAUUGGAGGACUCUAAAGGGACGUGAGGACUACAGACAGCCUGGUAGCUUCGACUGGACCCUGGCACAGAAAAAGGACGUGAGUAGGGAAAAAAUGGUAAAGUUCAAAAAGUCCGUAUUUUAGCUAGUAGUAUUAUCUCAGUGUUAGUUUCUUAGUUUUGGUAAAUGUGUUGUGGUUAUGCACGAUGUUAACAUUAGGGGAAGCUGGGGGAAGGGUCUACAGAAACCCUGUUACUCUCUUUGUAACUCUUCUGUAAAUUGUUUCAAAAUAAAAAAUAAUUUUAAAGCAUGGUUAAAGGUGGGAGUGAAGCCAUCCAGGCUCAUCUCACUUAAACAAG